AUGUCAGGAUCAGGAUCGGCCCCAGAGGAGCCUCAGACCUCCACUCCUCCCAGCACGGCCAGUGUUCCCGAGCCCGCUCCGGCUGCUGGCGGACCUGGAGGCCCAAGUGACGUUUCCUUUGGUGAGCAAAACCUUAGCUUCGCCACCACAGACCUCAGCCUGGUGGAGAUGACGGAAAUAGAGUACACCCAGCUCCAGCACAUACUUUACUCACACGUGGAGGCACAAGCUGCUGAAGGUGAAGUAGAAGCUAGGGUCAGUUCUGCUUUCUUAGCUGGCAGCUCUGCAGAUCCCCCUCUGCACCAGGCCUCAGUGAAUGCCAGUCAGGACGGGUGUUCCUCAAACAGCGAUGGGAGCCAGUUGGUUUUCCCGGUUAUCUGCCAGUCAGCAUUACCUCCCGACAGCAAUUUGCCAAGUUCAAACCCGUGUGUGGGCCACGUUGACUUCCAGGAGCUCAGAAUGAUGUUACUGAGUGAGUCCAACCCCCCUGCAAACCAAGCCUAUAAAACACCCAAGGGUAGCUCUGUAGAAGUCCCAGGACACGGUUUAGUAAGGGUUAAACAUGGUGACAGUUCUGUUGGGACGAAUAAAGAAAACAUUCCUGCCGAAAAUUCGGCACUGGCAUCAGAGUCUAGAUCUAAAUCUGCAGUCAGAGUUCGAUUGGAAGACAGAUUCAACAGCAUCCAGACAGAAAACCCCAGAUGUCAAGAACCCCAAGAAUCUGGAGUAACUCUUAACAAUUUAGUAACAUUGAUUCGACAGCCAUCAGAACUGAUAGGUGUUCCUCUUCAUCAGCAUCAAAACAAGUGUGCUACAUUGGUGAAAAAUACGACCGUACCUACCACAGCUUCUUUACAGUUCACAUAUCCAUUGUUUACUAUGAACACGUGUUCUGCUUCUGGGAGUGCUAAUCCUUCACAAGCACAGACCUCUGGAACAUCUUGCACUAUCUUAGAAGGUGCCAAACAUCAGGACCUUGGGAUACCCAGAACGUUUUCUUUCUGUUAUCAUCAGGAAAUUGAAUCCACGAAGCAGACAGUAGGUGCUAUGAAUAAAGCUUUGCCUGAGGAACUUUGGAUUAAAGUUGGAGAAGACACGUUAUGCAAGCAAGCAAUAAGCAAAAGAAGUUGCAGCCGAGUAAGCCCAUUGGAAGCAAACGCAGAUCGCAAACCUCUUAGUGACAUUCAAAAUAUGUGUGAUAGCCAGAGCACUGCACCUGCCCAGGGUUCUUGGCAGUCAGCACAGUCCAAUCCAAGUGUGCAGGUGCAGAGUGGUACACAGGAAGGAGUUGCUCAGCGAAGAGAAAGACAUAACCGCAUGGAGAGAGACAGAAGGCGCAGAAUCCGGAUUUGUUGUGAUGAACUGAAUCUGCUGGUUCCCUUCUGUACUGCUGAUACCGAUAAAGCAACAACAUUACAAUGGACUACGGCAUUUCUGAAGUACAUUCAGGAAAAGCAUGGCGAUUCGCUGAAACAGGAAUUUGAGACUGUGUUCUGUGGUAAAACAGGCAGGAGACUAAAAAUAGCAAGUUCAGACUCAUUUAUAACGUGUCCACUGCAGGAAAACACGCAUGGCUAUGGAGACCAAGUAGCUUGAACUGACUGCCUUGAACUGUAUGGAAAGCGUGGAUAAAUAAGUGACCCUUUUUUUUUUUCCUGUUUACAUGCUGGGAUUCAUCUGAUUGUGAUGAAUUUGAUAUGCUCCAGGAGUGACUUAAAAAUAUAACUUGUAAAAAUGCAUAAAUAGAGCUUAACAGAAAACAGUCUUCAUUCAAAAUGGAAAUGAAAUUUGACUGCCAGCAAUAUAAAUCAGUGUUCUGUUAAAGGGGCUUUGGGACUAGAGGCAAUAAGAAAUUGUCGUGACGCCUUAUUUUUCUCUUUUUGCUCUUUUUCUGUUUGUGGUUGUGCUCUUUUUUCCUUUUUUUUUUUUUUUAAGGUGAUACAGUACAGUUAGGAAUUGUUGUAGAACAUCAACCUAUCCUGUUAUUUUAAUGACUAGAUGCAAAUGUAUUCUUUAAAUGUAAAAAGGAAUUAAAGGUACCAUAUUAUAAUGCCCUUUUUUCCUGAUUAAAAGUUUAAAGGUUAUGUUGGUUAAUCGAGUAAGUGCAUAGUUACAACUGUGCUGCUAUUAUGGGGUUCAUGUUUGCCAUGCAUAAUUUAACAUUCAUCACUCCAAAGAGUAACACAAAGCUAUUAGCGUUGUUUUUAUAGUGGUGCAUUAUUUUAAUGCCUCUCACACAACUGCCCAGCAGUUUCUUUUACUGGUAAAUUAGUCCAAAAAUGGCACAUUGUAAACAGCAGAUUAUUUAAAUGCACAAGCUAUUUUAGUAUUUAAAGAUGAAUACGUCUCUAUUGUUCAUAAGCUUCAGCAUUUAGGGCAGGAAUAGAAUAUUGUGUGCGCUGGAAGUGGCUUUAUUAAUUUUGGUGAUAAUAGAUGAUGCCAGCAGGUUUUAAAGUACAAAAAGAUCUCUCAAAAUAAAUACUGUUUUAAAUCACGGAUAUUGACAAUUUUGCAGCAAUUUAUUUCCAAACAAUCCUAGUAAAACCAGUUUUGGAAUAUAGAGUUCAUCUGAGCGUUUGUUGUGUAUAACGACACUUAUAACAUCACAAAGAAAAGGUUAAAAAAAAUCUCCUUUUAUUUUUACAACAGUUCAUACAGGUUUUUUUUUGGCUGAACUUUAGAAGAGCAUCCUUUCUUAUUUGGGGUUUCAUUCACAAUUACUGUGCAAAUAGCUUAAGUAGAGGUCAUGAAAAUGCUGUUACUUAACUUCCUUUAUUAUCAUAUGGAAACGUACAAAACCUUUCCCCUGUAAGUUAAAAUACAUACAUUGCACCUUUUGCAGAAUUUGAUUGCAAGGGCGUAGUAUUUACUAGUAUUUACUAUGUGAGAUGCAGUCUGAAAACUGAAAAUAGACGGCAUAUCCGUAAGCUAUGUUCUUUGCCCAGAAUGUUAAGAUGUUCAAAUACUGGCUAUUUAAAUGCCUAACUUCCACUGAUGUAAGUAGCAGUCAGGUGCCUGAAUACCUUAACGGUGCGGAUGUAGUGCACAAACCUGCAUAACUGAAGUCAGUAGGAGCAGCACCAAGAAUUCAAUUGCCAAGGCUCAAAGUUUUGUACAGAAAAGCCGUGAUCUUUAGGACAGCUAGGGAGAUGAUGGUGGAAAGGAAUGCUUCCUCUCGCAGGUCUCUUCAACAAAGGGAGAAAGGGAAGGUGAGGUUGUUUAGCAGUAAAAAUUCUGGAAGAUAAUUGGGGGAGGAAAAAAUACUCAUAAAGCAUCUUUAAUUACAGUUGUCAUCUGAUGCUUUCUUUUUCAUAGAACUGAAUUACUGUGUCAAAGUCUCCGCUUAAUAUAAUAGAAGGAACAUCUGUCCAUUUAUCACUAGGAAGAUUCUGUUUUCUUACAAUGCACUCUUUAUUUAAAUAUUCAGUCACUUCUCCACUUCUUGUACCGUUUUAUGAUUUUUUGGAAGUCGAUGCUCCAACAGCUCCCAUGCAAGCCGAUGUGUCGCAUAUUCCUGGAGUUCCCUGAGCCCCAAUAGCACCAGGAGUACCAGGAUCCCCUGGAAGACCGGGUUCACCCUGAGCACCGUCACGACCAUUUUUACUAAUUCCAGGUACACCAGGAAGUCCUAAACAAGAAGAGGAAAAAUUAUUACAUGAAAUAUUUCUUGCCUUUCAUAAAAAAAAAAUACAUAUACAUACAUAUAUACCUAUAUAAAUUUAUAUCUACGUAUAUAAAAGUAAUAUAAAUAUAUAUUACUUUUAGAGUUCUUAAUAUACUUUGAGUGUCUGUUUGUCAGACUUGUUACAGCCUGUUGAGUGCAAGGUGUUGAAUAAAUUUAGCCUGAAUCUAGAGUACAUGUGUUGGAUUUUUUGAGGGUACCUCUCGGUUUACUGGAAUUACCUGAGUACAGUUGAAGGCAGAUGUUUAGCACUGCACUUUUGUCACUGCAUGAGUCCGUUUUGACUUUAGCUGACCGGUGUGGCUACCUUAGUGUGUGACUCCAUGAAUGACAAUGGUUAAUUUGUAAUCAGAAUUAUUUUGCAGGGUCCCUGAAAAGUUUGCUCAAGGGAUGCUCCUGAUGUGCAAGCUCACAGCUUGCUUACUGUGCCAGUAGGAGCAUUCAUGUCUACCCCUACUUCCCAGUCCCUACUAGAAGGCAGUGGUAUUUUGCUGCUUCAAUUCAUUGCACCUCUCUGAGUUUAAUCAUAAUUAAGACUCUGAAUAAGGGAAGGAGAGUAGUGAGUGGGGAUACAGAAUCUCCUUGAUACUACAGAUAAGUAGCUUCCUUUAUACAUGUGUCUAAUUUCAAAAAUUUUCUUAGGGUGAAAUACGUUUUGUUUAUUGGCAAAACCAAUUUCUGCUUUGGGCAGACUUGAGCUAUUCUUUUUUAUUUUUGACAACAGUUAUUUCUAUAACAAGAAGCUACUGAAACUUUUUUUUCAAUACUGUAAAAUACGAUUCUGUUUCCUUGAAGGACAGCUAUAUGAAUAGAUGAUCUAUAAACCUGCAGUCUCGUCUUAAUUGUGAUAAAGAAAUGGUGCCUGAUUGUUUUCCUUAAUUGCAUGUACUGUUGAUCUUACAUUUCAUGAAUAGGACAAAUGCUCUCAAUAUCUAAUACAUGAAAAAUAGCAUCUUUUUACAUGCUUUGGAAAAGAAGAUAUUUAUGUAUUUAUGAAAGUAUAUGGAUGCAGAGCCUGGUUUUGGUACCUGUAACUUAUUCAUUGUGAAGAUGUAAUCACAAUUA